UAAUACGCAUGACUCAGAGCCUCACCCGAAGAGUCCCGAACCUGACCCGUGACCAGCCGCCAGGAUGCUCAAAUUACCUACUUGACUAUAUGUCGACUAGGAACUCUUUCCCGCUUUUCUCCCCGAUUUAGAAUUAUGCUGCUCCUUAACCCUUUUCGCUCGGUAGCUAAUUCGCUAGUCCACUCCACGCUGCAUAACAUCGCGUAAACAUGACUGCUACGCCUACCAGUGAACCGUCUUUAGAACAGGUGCCAUUGGAUGAGGCUUUUUCCCCCAAAAUGCGGACGGUCGGGGAUGAUCUGUUACACAGUAGAUUAUUUAUCAUAAUUAGACUUGGCGAGUGAGUUCUAAUCGUUGCGCACGGUGUGGUGAAGCUUUAUAGACAACGACCCCUUAAAUACUCGUUAAUCGAGAUAUUUAACUUGUAGCCAUUGCCUCCGUAUCCCACAUCAUAUUUGAACAAGAACCUAUUAUAUUAUAACUUUAUACUACCAAACAAGUAUAUCAUCACUUAUAAUGGCGUCCCAGAAGCCCGUUAUCGUGUUAAUCCACGGCGCGUUCUUUGCGCCGGUGCACUACCGGAACUUGAUCGAGCCCCUACGCUCUCAGGGAUAUAUCGUGCUGAGCCCGCCAAUGGCGACAACGGGCAUCGAUGACUCUAUUGCGGGGAAGACUUACGUCGACGAUGUCAAACGUAUUCUCGAGAGUCUUCUUCCCUACUUAGACGAGGGUAGAGAAGCCGUGGUAGUUGGCCAUAGCCAGGGCGGAAUUGCCGCCAGCGCCUUGACUGAGGGCCAGACCAUCGAAGACCGCAAAGCUAAGGGCCUAAAGGGAGGCAUCAGAUCAGUUAUAUACCUCACUGCCCUCGCCAUACCCACAAAGGGCGCGAGUUUAAUGAGCAUGCUGGGUGGCACGCCCCCGCCAAUCUAUAAAGCUGAGGGACCCUUCUACGUCCUUACCGAGUUUGCACUAUCCAACACGAAUAGCGAUAUUCCCAUCCCCGAAGAAGAGCAGGCAGCACUGGCGAAGAGCUUGGUGCAUCAGAGCAAGGCGAGCAUAGAAGCCCCCGUUCAAUUCACCGCGGCCGACGUCACUGUCCCCAAGACGUAUAUCGUCUGCACCGAGGACAAAUCCUUACCGGCUUCUCUUCAGGAGACACUCGCCCGAGCGACCGGGUGUGACAUUGUUAGGAUUCCAGCCACCCAUUUCCCCUUCCUGGAGAGUAAUGAUAGCGCCAAGAAGGUGGUUGAUGUUAUCGUGGACGUCGCUGGGAAGCGAUGGGGAUUAGUUAGCCGAAGGAAGUACACAGGUUAGGUAGGUAGUGAACUAACUAUGUACCUACCUCAAGGAGCUUAUAGCUCUGUCUCUCAGCUCAACCUUUUGUAUAGUUAGUAGCUCUUAUAUAAUAAAAUAAAGCCCUCCGGGACGAUAUGAGGCAUCGAAUAUA